AUGCCUCUCAAGUGGUUUCGUCCCCACCACCAGUGCAGUUUUCCCACCACCAUCGAAGAUGACGAGACCAUUCUAUCGUCGACAACAGUUGUCAACCCGAAAGGCAAGUGGGGCAAGUCUGACGCCCAACGAUCUCGUCGGUCGCACUCACAUGGCCCUGGACUUCGUGCUCUCAUGGGCUUAGCUGGACCAACAAUGUCCAUGGACCUCAACGCAGCUGCUACGGAGGAAGACCAGCGACGCAUUUUGUACCAGACAAAAACCCGUCGUCGGUUCACUGUCCACGGGUUUUCCUCACACUCGAAACAGAAAGACCUCGAGCGGAGUUGCAGCACCGCGUUCUCUGGCCCGUCCCAACUUACGUCGACUUCACUAGACCGCACACACUCGAGUCGAAACGUGCAUACACGCAGCCCCCAAUUGCCGCCUAUGAGUACGCCACGACCGACUUCGCACCCAUCGAUCAUCUUUAUUGAUUGUCCCCCCUAG